CUCGGAGACACGAGAAUGGCAGAGAAGAGAAGAGCGGGAUGUCAUCCCACUCGGUGGGACGUCGCGCAGAGAUCCGUCUGCAAGUCAUGACGACUCGAACCGUGUCAAACAUGGAACGAAAGUUCAGGCGGUUCCUGAAGAAAGCCUGCUUCUUCUCGGUCAUGUGCUGCGGUCUGCUUUGCUACACGUGGCACGUGGCGGUUCGCGGCUUCCGAUCCGUGGCCGAAUCCAAUCCCGGCGAAUGGAGACCGGAAGAAUACGCCGUCAGGACCUGGUUGCCCAGAGGAAUCAAAGAAAGGGUCGACACCAGCUACGAAGAUUCAAGACCCGUUGCCAAUUGCAGCUGGUAUGGAGAAAUAAUGCACAACAACGUUACCGUCCCCAAACUUAGUCCUCCCAGUAGAAAACUACCGCAGGCGUUAAUUAUAGGAGUCAAGAAGUGCGGAACCAGGGCUCUUCUCGAAUUCCUCAGGGUUCAUCCGGACAUCAGAGCCACCGGACCCGAAACUCACUUCUUCGAUCGCCACUACAAGCUUGGACUGGAGUGGUACAGACAACACAUGCCAGUGAGCCUGGAAGGUCAGAUAACCAUGGAGAAGACGCCUAGCUACUACAUCACCAAGGAAGUGCCCUCCAGAAUCCACAGUAUGUCUCCUCUGAUGAAGUUGGUGGUAGUGGUGCGCGAUCCGGUGACUCGAGCCGUUUCCGACUAUACUCAGUCCACUAGCAAGAGGCCCGAUACGCCUUCCUUCGAGAGCAUGGCCUUCCUCAACGGUAGCGAAGGCUUAGUGGACACGGCAUGGAGUGCCAUUAGGAUUGGAGUUUACGCUCGCUUUCUGGACUGGUGGCUGCAAUACUUUCCUCUACAACAGUUUCAUUUUGUUAGUGGAGAGACUCUGAUACAGGAUCCGGCCGGGGAAAUGGCUAGAUUGCAAGAUUUUCUAGGCUUAAAGCGGGUAAUUACCGAGAAACACUUCUAUUUCAAUGAAACUAAAGGCUUUCCUUGUCUAAAAAAGUCGGAGGGUAACGGUAAUCCUCACUGUUUGGGUAAGACUAAAGGAAGGACACAUCCCGAAGUGUCCCUUUCCACUAUACAAAGAUUGAGAGAUUUCUAUCGUCCUUUCAACCUUAAGUUCUACCAAAUGACCGGGAGAAAUUUCGGUUGGCCCUGAUGACUCUACAUAUCCUGCCUAUUAUCUUCUUCUGUGCCAAUAUCUAAACCUCAUUAGCAUGAUACUGCCACCAUGUGAGAGGCAACCACCCAAAAAUGACCCCAUUAUUGUUCUCGAUUUUUUUACCUCGAGAUCUCAUCGAUGUACAGAUCACUGUAUAAGAAAAGUUGUACAUUAAAUGA